GCCAAAACAGUGGCCACUGCGGUCGAUAUGCUGGCAGCUGCGCCCAUUCCGCUGUUUGACCCUUUGAGUCGUUUCUAUGGUCAUGGCACCCCUGGGAGCCAUGCCAUUGAGAGACUCUGCGCUCAACUCAAUGACUUUUCUAGCAGAUCAAAGGACCAGGAAUCUGGGCUGGACCUUUUGCAAGCAAGGCUGCAGACGAUGUCUGAGCGAAACAAGGCAGCUCAUCAGUCAUUUGGUGCCCGCGACAUUGCAUGGUCCAGCCAGGAUCACUAUGUCAAGAAGGUGGAAAAACUCAAAGAACAGAUUGCCAAAUCAGGGACUUCGCAUGCCCUUGUCCAGAAGCUCAACAGAAAUGAGCAGAAGAAACAUGACAGCCAGCAGGAGUUUGCUCAUCACACAGGUGAGACAGGUCGACAAGUGAGUGAAGCUCUGGAGAACAGAUGGCAAGAAAUUGGUGAGGUUGUGGCGCAACUUUGUCAGUACUACAUUUCCAUCUUCCAGGCCUGGCGGCAGAGCCCGUGA